AUGGCUGCUGAGCGUGCUCCUCUCCGUCUGGGCUCUACUGCCCCUAACUUCGAUGCCGAGACCUCCAACGGUCCCAUCAACUUCCACGACUUCAUCGGUGACAAGUGGACCAUCCUCUUCUCCCACCCCGAUGACUUCACCCCCAUCUGCACCACCGAGCUCGGUGCCUUCGCCAAGCUCGAGCCCGAGUUCACUGCUCGCGGUGUCAAGCUCAUCGGUCUGAGCGCCAACAACGUCGAGUCCCACCACCGCUGGAUCAAGGACAUCGAUGAGAUCUCUGGCUCCCAGCUGAAGUUCCCCAUCAUUUCCGACCCCGAGCGCAAGGUCGCCUACCUGUACGACAUGGUCGACUACCAGGACACCACCAACGUCGACUCCAAGGGUAUGGCUCUGACCAUCCGCUCCGUCUUCAUCAUCGACCCCGCCAAGAAGAUCCGUCUCACCCUCACCUACCCCGCCUCCACUGGCCGUAACACCGCCGAGGUCCUCCGUGUCGUCGAUGCUCUCCUGACCACCCAGAAGCACGGUGUCACCACCCCCAUCAACUGGAUCCCCGGUGAUGACGUUGUCAUUCCUCCCCCGUCUCGACCGCCGAUGCCAAGGCCAAGUUCGGUGAGAUCCGUGAGGUCAAGCCCUACCUCCGUUUCACCAAGGACCCCAACGCCGCCUAAAUGGGGUGUUUCCCUGCGUGUUUCUUGA